AUGAUCAGUGAUAGUCAAUUAGAAAAUAAUGUUUACCAAUUACAGUUUACUUCUCGUAUCAAUGAUUUAUUUCAUAGACAAAUACUAAUUGGUCAACGGAAUAAUAUGAAUCAAAUAAUUAAUGUACAAAUAUGUUUUUAUGAUGAAGAUGGUGAAAUUAUACGUGAUAUUCUGGGUAAUCCAAAAGAAUAUACAUCCAAUCGUCAUAAUCUUGGACAUGUGUUAGAUAUAUCAUCAGAAGAAGAAUUAGUAUUUUCGUAUGCAAAAUGUCGGUUACAAUUACAACCAAAUUCUAAUUUUUAUCCGGAUAGUCUCUUUUUUCAUUUGCCACAAUCUCCAUCUUCAUCAACAUUUCAAUUCAAUGAAAAUAUUAAUGUGUACAACGCUGUGUUUCAUAUUCGAUGGUUUAAUGCUUCACCAGACACUUAUGAAAGGCCGGUUUUAACCAUCAAUGAUCAAAUUCCAGCACCUACGAUUAUCGUCAAUCAAGGUGAUCUAAUCAAUAUAACAUUAAUUAAUGAAUUAUCUGAACCAACAGCAAUCCAUUGGCAUGGUUUAUUACAACGUAAUAGUUUACAUAUGGAUGGAGUUCCAGGUGUUACUCAAUGUGAAAUAUUACCUGGUCAAUCAUUUAUAUAUACAUUUUCUACCGAGAAUCAAUCAGGUACUUAUUGGUAUCAUUCACAUUAUACAAUGCAAUAUGGUGAUGGUCUUAAAGGUAUUUUGAUUAUCAAAGAUCCAAAUGAUCCAUGGAAAAGUUUUUAUCAAGAUGAAGAAAUUCUACAAAUAACAGAUUGGUAUCAUAUACCCGCUUAUAUUCAUUUAAAAACUUAUUUAUAUCCUGGUACAUUGGAUCCUAUACCCGAUACAGCUUUGAUUAAUGGUAUUGGACAAUUUAAUUGUGAUUUAAAUAGACAAUGUUCGUAUUAUCAUGCAUCGAUUCGAUUAGGACAAACGAAAAGAUUUCGAAUUAUUAAUACAUCCGUUUAUGCUACGAUCACUUUAACUAUUGAUCAACAUCGAAUGCGAUUGAUUGAAGUAGAUGGAAUUUAUUUAAAUGGAAAAAAAUACGUUCAAAGUCUUCGUUUAAAUCCUGGACAAAGAUAUUCUGUAUUAAUUACGUCGACAAAAAAUUCUAAUAGAAAUUAUUGGAUACGUGCAACUAUGCAUCCAUUUAUUGAUUAUAAUAAUCAAUAUCAUUCAGCUAUUCAACCGAAUGCUAGAGCUAUUUUACAAUAUGUCGAUGAAAAUUUAAUUAUGAUCAAUUCAUCAAAUGAUUAUAUGGCAAUAAUCAACCGAUCAAUAACUUUUGGAGAAAUAUUUAGUGAUGAAUCACAACUGAUUCCAAUGAUUUCUAAUGUUCCAAUUGGUGGAAAUGUAAGAAAAUAUUUUUUUGAAUCUCAACAUAAAGGCAGUAAACCUGGAUAUUUUUAUUUAAAUAAUCAUACAUUUGUUCAUCCAACAAAUAGAAGUUUAUUAUCAUUACUUCUCUAUGAUAAUCUUCAAAAAUUAUCGAUGCCAACAGCUAUGCAUGUUGAAAAUGAUGAAAUCAUUGAUUUGAUUAUUAAUAAUAUUGAUUUUGCACCUCAUCCAUUUCAUCUUCAUGGCCAUCAUGUUUGGAUAUUAGCACAAGGAAAAAGAAAUGAUGGUUAUGUAAAUGAAACAACAUUAGAUAAUAUCAAAUAUAAUUUGAAGAAUCCGAUUUAUCGAGAUACAUUUACUAUUAAUCCAUAUUCAUAUGUAAUUGUUCGUUUUAAAGCAGAUAAUCCGGGUAUAUGGAUGUUACAUUGUCAUAAUGAUUGGCAUUUACAACUUGGAAUGGCUACUGUUAUUGUAGAGUCGCCAACAUAUAUCAAAGAAUUUUAUACAAAACAUAAUUUGAUCAAUCAAAUUCCUAUUCAAUGUCAACAUCAUUCAUAA